UCCCGCCCGCCUUCGGGUCGCUGCGCAGAGACCCGCGCCGCCGCCCUCCGCCGCCGCCAUGAUCAUCUACCGGGACUGCAUCAGCCAGGACGAGAUGUUCUCGGACAUCUACAAGAUCCGGGAGGUGGCGAACGGCCUGUGCCUGGAAGUGGAGGGGAAGAUGGUCACCAGGACAGAGGGUCAAAUUGAUGACUCUCUAAUUGGUGGCAAUGCCUCUGCUGAAGGUCCUGAGGGAGAUGGAACAGAAGCCACGGUCAUAACUGGUGUUGAUAUAGUAAUAAACCACCACCUUCAGGAAACCAGCUUUACAAAAGAGUCCUACAAGAAGUACAUCAAGGACUACAUGAAAGCAAUCAAAGCCAGACUGGAGGAACACAAGCCAGAGAGAGUAAAGCCUUUCAUGACAGGGGCUGCAGAACAAAUCAAACACAUCCUUGCUAACUUCAAAAACUACCAGUUCUUUGUAGGAGAGAACAUGAAUCCAGAUGGUAUGGUGGCUCUCCUGGAUUUCCGUGAGGAUGGUGUGACCCCAUAUAUGAUUUUCUUUAAGGACGGCUUAGAAAUCGAGAAAUGUUAACAAAUCAAACAGUAUGGUUUUGGAUCACCUGUCUUCAUAGCUGGCUGCUGUUUCUUCUUCAUCGGCACACCACCAGGAAUCGGCAAUGUCUAACAACUGGACUGAUGUCAUCUUGAGCUUUAUUCACUUAUUUUGACCCUGAUUUGGAGUGGAGGCAUUGUUUUAAAAAAGAAAAAAACAAAACAUCUGUCAUGUAGGUUGUCUAAAAUAAAACUCAUUUAAACCCA